UUGUAUAUUUCCUGUGUCCUUCUCGGGUAGAAUCCAGAGAGCUAGCAGUCAUGUCAACGAACACAGAGUCCCAGACACACAGCUUACCCAGCAGGGAACGAUGUCCACAGGCCAGUGGGCUGGAGAGUGUGGCACCUUUGUUGCAUUCAGGGGAAGAGACCCCUGACCCCAUCCCCACCACCACCAUGGGAAUUAUUCCAGCCUGGAUUAAUGGCAGCUUUUUGAGAAACGGUCCAGGGAAAUUUGAGUUUGGAGAAGACAGAUACAAUCACUGGUUUGAUGGCAUGGCCUUGAUGCACCGGUUUCACAUCUGUGAGGGCAGCGUAACUUACAGCAGCCGGUUCCUACGCAGUGAUUCAUACAACCUCAACUCAGAGAGGAACCGCAUUGUGGUCUCAGAGUUUGGGACUGUCGCCAUGCCUGACCCUUGCAAAAAUUUCUUUGCACGUUUCCUUUCCCGUUUUCAGAUUCCACAGCCUACAGAUAAUGCAAAUGUGAACUUUGUCAAGUACAAGGGAGACUACUAUGUCAGCACAGAAACCAACUUUAUGAGGAGAGUGAAUCCGCAAACCUUGGAGACAAAAGAGAAGGUGGACUGGAGUCAGUACGUUGCUGUAAACUCAGCCACAGCGCACCCACACUACGACCGUGAAGGAGCAACAUACAACAUGGGCAAUUCGUACGGCAGAGAUGGUUUUUUCUACACCAUCAUCCGCAUCCCUCCUGCUGAGGAAGCGGCAGCAAAGGAGGACUCGGCAGACCUCAGCGGAGCCGAGGUGAUUUGCUCCAUCCCUGCAGCUGAAUCCAGAAAACCUUCUUAUUAUCACAGCUUUGUCAUGUCUGAGAACUACAUCGUGUUCGUGGAGCAGCCGAUAAAGCUAAAUGUGCUCAAGUUCAUGCUCUACAAGAUCAUGGGAGAAAGUUUUCAAAAGAUCCUGAGCUGGGAGCCUCAGUACGGCACCGUUUUCCACCUGGUCGACAGGCACACAGGCCAGGAGAGCAAAGUGAAAUACCGAACGGCACCAAUGUUCACACUGCAUCAGAUCAACGCCUAUGAGGACAAUGGCUUCCUGGUGAUGGACAUGUGCUGCGGGGAUGAUGGCGCCGUUAUUGGAGAUUUCACUCUGGAGAAUCUACGGCAGGAAUCGGGAGACGAUUUAGACAAGUUUUACAAUUCCUUGUGCAGAAACCUCCCGAGGAGAUACGUGCUUCCUCUGAAUGUGGACGAACAAACUCCUCUGGACCAAAACCUUGUCAUGCUGCCAAACUGUAAAGCCACAGCAAAGAGGACAAAUUCUGGGGAGGUUUACAUGACCCACGAGGAGCUUCACAAUGAGGAGCUGCUGCAGUACGGUGGCCUGGAGUUCCCUCAGAUCAAUUACGACACGUACAACGGCAGACCUUACCGCUACUUCUACGCAUGUGGCUUUGGGCACGUCUUUGCUGACUCGCUGCUCAAGAUGGACGUCCACACCAAGGAGCUUAAGGUGUGGCGCUAUCCGGGCUUGUUCCCGUCUGAGCCUGUCUUCGUUGCCUCGCCCGACGCUGCGGAGGAAGAUGAUGGAGUGGUUCUGUCAGUCAUUAUCACUCCUAGAAAGGAGAAAAGUACUUUCUUACUCGUUCUGGAUGCCAAGACCUUCACCGAGCUGGGGAGAGCCGAGGUCCCUGUCAAUAUCCCAUGUGGGACCCAUGGAGUGUUUAACGAGACGGGCUAGACGUGCUACUGUUUGAAGCUCUACGGCAAACCGCUGAAAGCAAACCAGCAAGAAAUCCACUUUAUCCACAGGAUGGAAUAUUUCUCUUGAUAUCGCUGCCUAUAAACAUUCCUGUAAUGAAAAAAAGGAGAAGACGUAAGACCAGGGGAAAACUGCACACUCAUAGUAUUUGUUUGUUCUUCUCUGAAUGAGACUGAUGCACUUUCUUGCUGCGUCCUGGUGUACCAGUUGGAUGGUGAUCUUAAAGGCAGUUUUUUUUUUCUUUUUUUUGCUAGUUACUUUCUCAAAAAAUGUGUAAUGUCCCUUUCAGAAAAAGGACUGAGCACCUUGCACUUGAAAGGACUAGAAAACAAUAAAUUAAAAUCAAUAUACACUUAAAAAAAAUUUAAAAAUCCUUUUUUUUUCUUUUAAAGUGUUUUUGCAUCACCACACCAUCAGGAACACUAUACUCCCAUAGAGAAGAAAACAGCACUUAGGAAACAAAAAUGCAUCAGAGAAAAUUCAAUUUCUGUCGAAGUAAUGUGAUAAAAAUGAACAACGUUUGAAACGGCUGCAAAACAAAUGGAUCUAACAGGUCAAUAGCUUUCUGAGAGUCUAGUGGAGGUUGCAUUAUUCUGUGUUGUCUUACUGAAAACUACCCAAAACAAAGCUGCCGGACACAUACGCAUUGACAUUUAGGGCCACAUAUGAGACCAACGGCAGCUUGUGUUGAACUGUGAGCUGAGCAAAAACACAUGUUGUACCCAUAAUGACAAGUUAAAGGUGUUGCCCUUCAAAUCCUGUCCCGGAUUGACUUUACUGACCUUUUUUUAAAUUCCUGCAGUGAUUUGAAUUAACUGAUUUGAAGCGACACUUUGUUCUUUCCAGGCACUUUGUGAAAAAGCCAAGAGGUUUCAAAAAUGUCAAGUCUCAUAAAUAUGGAUAUAUUAUGGCUUAUGCAUUUACAGUGUUUUGACAGUGACUAUAAACCAAGGGGUUUUGGUAAGUUUUAAAUAUGUCUCAACUUUAGAUGACUCAAAAUGAAAGAGGUUGUUCAGAGGUUUCAUGUUUAGCCUGUCCCCAUCACUCCUCACUAAUUGAAAUGGGAUGGAAAAGGCCCAUAAUGCAAUAUUUAGAUUAAUUUACCAAUUACAUAGCAGCUCUAUAUUAUCCUAGGGAAUUAACAAAACUUCUGUUUUUUGUCAUUAUUCGCUUCUCCAGCUUCGUGUCCUGAUAAAUUUACUUUAUGGGUCUCCCAUGAUACAAAUUAAUUAGCUCACAUUUCUUGAUCUAAUCAAUCAUGCUUACCUUCUGUGAGUGUUUGACUGUUUGUGUGUAAGGGAUGGUUUUCUGUGUAUUCAUCCCUAGUCUGUUGCUAUUCUGAGGUUGGGUCAUAUUGGUUAAUGGUACCAGGAGGAAAACCCAGAAAUCAAGAUUAUUUUGGCGUGUUUCUGGAUACAGUGUCAUGUCAAUAUCUGCUCCAUUGCAGAUUUGUUCUGCGUUUCCUGUUUUGUCACACUUAAAUGUUUCAGAUCAUCAGAUGAAUUUUUACAUA